AUGCUGUCUGCUAUGAUACCUAAAUUUCGAUACUAUUAAAGAUUAAAAUAACAUAUGGUAAUAGAUCUGCUAUACUAAAUUAGGAAAUAAAUCAAAAUAUUAGAAAAGAAAAUGUUGAUAUUUAGAGAACAUAUCACAAAUAUUAAAAACCUUUAUGGGCUAAAAUGAAAUAAAAAGUAGAGGAUAAUAAAAAUAGAAUCUAUUUAUUUUGUGGAUUGAUAUUUCUUUGUUAAUUAAAGUUUGCUUAUGAAAGUAGAUAAUUUUAAAAGAGUCUUAGUUUAUCUUGCAAGAAUUCCUUACAGAAGAAUAUUAUUCAAAAAAUUUAAAUCCUUUUUCUUAGGAUUAGAAAGUGUCUAUCCUAAACCAAUAGUAGAAUAGGUUUUUAAUAAUGAAGUAUCAAAAUCAAAUAAUAUUUGAGUUACCAUAACAAUUAAUAUAGAAAUUUAUACAAUUUGAUGAUCAAUUACCAAUGGGAGUUACUAAGAAAUUUAUUAUACGUUGUCUUACUGAGUGUUAAGUGAACUUAUCUAAGGAAUAGAAAAGAGAAUUCUAUUAAAAACAUGGUUUUUUAUAUGGAGUAAAUUUGAAUAUUAUAUUAGAUAUAUUCAAAAAAUAGUGGAAUUAAUUUAAAGGAACUUAACUAUUUUUUAAAGAAUCUUAAUGUAGAUCCAUAAAAGUUAAUUAAUGUAUUUGAUACAUUAAAAGAUUAGGUAAAAUUAAAUAGUUAUUAUAUAAAAAUUAUAGGAGAUUCAAUAUUAAAAUAGAGUUUUGGAGAAGAUGAAACAAAAGUAACCAUAAUAUAGUUGCAAUACACCUGAUGCAAUUACAAGGAGAAUUUAACCCUAUUUUGAUACAAUAUGAAUGUGUUAUUAAU